AUGGCUAAAUCAACCCAAGCAAAAUGCUUAAUGAGCAUUGAUCCGUGGCUGUUUCCGCUGGGUUUGCAAUUUUUUAUGGUGCUUGUUGUUCUCCGGUGGUUUGUUGCCUUUGGUGAGUUUGGAAUUCGGGCGCGUCCCUUCGAUGAUGCUCCAGUGGUCGAUUUCUGGGUUGGGAUUAUGCUCAAUAUGCAAGUUGUGGCUUUGCUAAGUGAAGGCAGAAGAGAACCCUUGUUUGGACUGCAUGUGAUUGAGGACGCCAGAAGCCAGAAGGUGAGUCCAUUCACGGUGGUUAACUAUAGUACUCUCGGGUACUUAGAUGGUGCUCGUGGAGAUUGUUUCUCGGAGAUGUGGUUGAGCUUCAUGACUCCUCGGAAACACUGA